UUCACGUCGCCACUUCCUUUCCCCCUUCCACCGUAUGCAUGCCUCGCCAUUGGUGCCAAUGCUCCAAAUGAGAAUGCGAUCGACUCAGCGACGGCGAUCAGUGGCAUACUGGCGGCCCCUCAAACCUGACAAUUCAGAAAGAGACACAAAGAGACUUAAAGCACCGAUCGGCAACCAUCUUCAUGUUUGCCCGCCUGCGCACCAGUGUCCACCGCGCUCCUGGCUUUGCUGAACCGGGGCAUCUUCCACUGGCUCUCCACCUUGCCCCCAGAGGCCGUGAUGGACCCGCGCGAGGCCCUCACGGCCUCGUCAUGACAACGGAUGUACUUCAUCACGUUGUCCCUGAUGUGGUCCCUGGGCAUGAUGCCCCUCUGCUGCAUCGCCCCACGCACACCACCAUAGGCCGGCUGCAGCAAAGUGGCCAUUCUAUGGCCGUCAAAUGCGUGAUCGUGGUGCGAGGAGGGGAGGGGUCUGGAGAGAGAGGGGCGGGGGGAGGCCUUGGUGGCCACAGCAUGGCGCUUCGGAGGCAGACUGAGGACCAGACAAGACGAGAAUUGAUGAAGGGAUGUUUCUGUGCAUUUAUUGCUGUGGGCUUACUCGUUGUUGGGACGGUUGGCAUGCGAUGGGUGCUUUGAUGUGACGUUGACAUUAGCUGCAGACAAGAUAAGGCCAACCAGUCCGCAGUCCUUUGAUGUCUCUCGCCUCUAUAUGAUCCCACCGAUUCUGCUGGCGAUGGGCGUCGCCCUGCUGCUUUUUUUCUUCCCCUCCCUGGCCCCCUUGCCAGCGCUUUCGGCGGCGACAGCUUUCGCACGUGUGUGCGGCGGCCCCUCGGCAGACACCUCAUGCACUGCAGAUAUAGAGGAGCAUAAUAGAGAAGCAUCAUGCUCUGUUGCUUCUGCCAUUCCGUUUUUCUGAAGAACUCACCGUUGCUCAUCUCGGCAUUCUGCGUCUCCAUCCUUUCCUUGGCCCCACUAUACUCACCACCAGGGACUGGCACGGCCGACACACUCUGUGGAACUGCAGGGCCUGCACACACACAUGAGAACGACAUGCAUUCAUGUCGAUGACAAAUCUGCGUCUCGAGCUCUUUCUCACCUUUGCCUUUAUCUCCAACCGUCUCCACUGUCUUCUCAGUGCCCCUUUCCCUUUUCGUCGAAAGGAAAGCCCCGUCAGAGAGGGCCUCCUUCAUCGCAGUCCCUCUGAAGUGCAGCCGAGCCACCUCUGCAAUGUCGGCACGGCCCCUGUCCUGCGUCAACGUCUCGCGCCGCCGGACACCCACCGCGGCAUCACCACCGUCGCCGACGUGAUCCGCCGUGAGGGCGGAGGUGGCCUUGACAGCGGCCUCCUGCUCGAGUGUUCUCCUCAUCAUGAGGCCGUCGAAUUGGCGGCGAUAGCUUCGGUAUCGGGGGGUCUCAUCCUCCAUUUCGGCCCUCCAGUACUAUAAUGCGUUGGAAGAGCCGAGUUCCAUUCUUGCACGGAUGCGAAUCUCCACGGCAAGGAAUUGAGACGGGACGAG